GGCCGCAGUGUGCAUUGUUGUGUUGUGUCAUUCUAUUCAUCUAUUGUUACUUUGAUAUUAUUUGUUUAGUGGUAUAAAACAGCAUUAAAUCUUAAUUUAGUUGCGAAAUCGUUAACUAAAAGACGCACUUUGAUAAUAUGAAGGUCGCAAUAUAAGAGCAAGUUUUUACACUCGGAGAAAGUGAACCAACUAUUCAAGUACACCUGAAUGAAUCUACGAACAAAGCACAAUGUCUCACGGACACGACGAGGGCCCUGUGUACUACAGGGAGAUACAGAAAAAUGCGUACCUUAAACGGAUACCCAACGAGAGUGGCGGAAGCAAACUCAGGCCUCUGGGGCACAAGAAACCACCCCUAAAGCCAAUGUGGACGUUAUUCUGCGUCCAUAACGGUCGUUCACCGUACCUGGAACAAUAUCCACUAGCGGAGAGUCCUGCUACACUAUCACAUAAGCCGGUGUGGAGGGCGUGUCUAAGGACCGCUAGACACGUGACGGCUAGUGUCAAACCACACUCGGGCUUGGAGUAUGACUUCUUGAUUGAUACCGACCAUGGACCUGUGAGGAUGAUUGCGCCAGAUUGGGAGUCGAUGCAAGAUUGGGUGACCACUCUCCGUAACAAGCUGCACGAGCUCCGUAUCCUCUCUAAGGGCGAGAAUGUGUACUGCGCCGCGCCCGCCGCCCCCGCCCCCCGCGCGGCAGCCAGAGAUCCCACGUCACCGCUGCCGCCUACACCGCCUGUGCCGCCUGAUAGAGUGCCGGGCAUAGAGUUGGCGCCGCCGGCCCGGGCGCCGCCCGCAGAGCCGCCGCCGCCCGCGUCCGUCCCAGACCCGCCGCAACCUAUAGACAUAUCCAGCUGGGAUGAAACGACCCCCGUGCCAAGCACAAGCCAAGAAAGUGAGCCCAAGAAGAGCGUGGCCAAGAUCUGCGGACAGAACAUAUGCCUGGAUGAUUCUAUAUUGAAACGGAACGUAGACACAACGGACAGCGACGAGGAAUUCUUCAGCGAGUUGGACCGCGCUACCGGAUCAGUUGAAAGGCUACACAUAGACAACAACUACAAGCAGACUGUCAUGGUUGCUGACGAAGUGGCUACGGCUGCUGAGAACCAACCCGACUGUCAAGCAACCAACAUCACUGUCAUCCAAGUGUCAAACAAGCCACCCCACACCGCCAUACCAGUCCUCGGCCCAGAAACUGACAUUUUCGACUUCAACUUCACUCAAAACCCAGAAAACAACACCGAAACGUCAUUCGUGAACAUUGUCAACACUGAAGUCAACGUCAACUCUGAAAACGGCUACGGGACCGUAUUCACGGACGACUACGGCCAUUUGAGUUUGACAACAACUGUCAACUUGACAGAUGUCAAUGACAGCAGCACAGACAAAAAUGGCGUCUACGAACGACUGUGUUUAGCGUCGACGUCGAACGAAGCGGUGACGAAAUUGAAAAAGCUAGAUCGAGUAAGGAAAUCAUCGUUGCCCAAUUUAGAAACGUCUAAUUGUGACACGACGUACGAAUAUUUAUACCCUAGUCAAAAUCAAAAUCAAAAUACAAAUACAGCUGUGACAGUGAACGGUGAAACGCAGAAUCAGAAUGGGAGGGUAGAAGUGAAUUCUACGCAAAAUGGGAGGGUAGAAGUAAAUUCUGACUCUAACGGGAGGGUAGAAGUGAAUUCUAAUGUAGAUAGGAGCCAAAAUGCCGUGACGGUGGCGGGAAAUGUGAGCUUUAAUACGAGGGCAGCAAGGUCGAAUGUGGAACGGUCGCACAGUCAAAACGCGUACGAUUCGCCAAGGAGGGACAGUGUGAGACGAGUGAAUAAUUUAAGUCCGAAGAGAGAAGGGAGCAAUGACAGAGACAACUCGGAGGCAGCCAAACCAAUAUGGCGGCGCGGGUUGACAGAACUGUCACUGUUGACACGCCUGCGCUCGCUAGCAAGAAAGAACAGUCCACCGCCUCAUGACAGGAGCGGCGCGGCGCCGACGAAGGUGGUGCGGCGCUCGCGGCCCGAAGCGAGACCCGACGCCGCGCGACGGAGAAGCAGCUCGCUUAGCAACGGGCAAAGCCAGCCGCCGACGCCGCUGGUGCCGCUCCGGGUGCGCCAGGCGCGCCUGCUGGCGGCCGAGCAGCGCGCGUGCGCCGCCGUCGCCGCCGCCGCGCCGCACCACGCGCCGCCCGUGCUGGCCCAGCACAACGACCAGCUGUGGAUAGCGUGGUGGGCGGUGGGCGGUUCCCGCUGCAGUGGGCGGGCGGGCGACCGCCUGGCAGCCAUCAGAGGCACGCAACCGCGCGACUUGCAGCACGCUAGACAACUGUUUAAGACCUCGCCCACGCCUAUCGUCGACAUAUUAUUUCACCGGGUGCCCCUAGCCAAAAUCUACGUGCUAACCAAGAAAGAUCGCGAGAGUAUAGGAAUAAAACUAGACGUCGAAUGUAACAUAGUAUCGGUCGAGGACCAAUCGCCGGCGGCGCGAGCCGCAAUACCGCCGCCCGGGAAAUGGGCCGUCACCGAGGUCAACAACCGACCUAUCAACUUAAUCAAGGGUGGCGACGAAGAAAUGAACAGACUAUGUAUGCACGGAACCGAAGUAUCUGUGCUCAUACAACCGUCGGCUCUAGUCAAGAAACUUCGCGCCGCCAUCAAGGCAAACAAGCACCUAUUGUCUAUGAGGUAAAGUUCAUAUUCGCUCGCUGUAUUCCGAGUCAGGUGAAUGAGCUAGAAUUCGGGAUAGUGGUCGAGGAAAGUACAUCACUGUGUAAAGAAUAUAAUAGUGUAAAUUGAAAGCAGAGUAGGUUUUUACAAAAUUGAACUUUGAUUUAAGUAUACACAACAUUGUUUUUAGUUAAAAAAUGUUUAAUAGGUGACUAUACUCAUAAAAAAAAUACUUAAAAAGGAAUAAAUCGAAAUAAAAACAUUUUGCUGUCCUAUACUAUGUUAACAGUUAAAUAAAAGUAUGUGAAGACAACAGUUUGCCUUUGUUUUUUAUAAGAAGAGCAAAUGUUAAAAGGCACUAAAAAUACUAUUAUCUAAGCUAAAAAAUAGCAGUGUAUGAAACAAAAAUGCAAUGCUAAAAUUUGUAAUACUCGUUCUACUUCAUUAUAUUUUGCUCUUUAAAAAAAUAUUUAUUUCAUAAAUUAUUGAAAAUCGAUUUGUAAAGAAAAAAAUAUUUUCCAAAUCUAAAUAGUAGUUGGUAAGAAUUUUAGAUGAAUUUUACACACACACAUGUAAAUUUUUAGCGUAAUUUUAUAGUACAUUUUUGCAAUAAUACUAAUAAUAGUGUGACAAGAUUUUUUUAAAGUAUUUGCUAGAAAAUGGUAUGUGAAAAUAUUUUGGAUCGAAAAAUUUUGUCAUUUUGAGGGACUUUUUAAAUCCACGGUUUUGUGGAAAAAUAUUUAAUAAUUAAGAAUACUAAUAUACAUCCAUAAUAUUCCAAUCCAAAAUUUCUGACUUAAGUACCUAUGCGAACAUCAGGCCUCCCCAACCCGUCUGACCAGCGUGGGGAGUGUAGGACAAAUCCUCCAUUUGCCUCUGGUACAUUAGAGGGUAAGGGAUAAUAGAAAUCUUUGUACUGGCUUUCUAAACUUUCCUUCUAGUUACUUCAAUGUAUUUUUACCUUUAUUUCUUCUUAUCAUGGUUGAUAAACAUGGAACCGUCCAUAUUUUAGAAGUUUCCAAUAAUUCCAAAAUUCCAAUUGUUCUGUACUUUUUACUAGUACAGAAUUAACAUCUAUAUGUACACACGGCCACACUGUUAACUAUCCAUUUCGGUUUUUGCUCUCGCUCUAAUCAAAUGGUGAUUCUUUGCGAUAGAACGAGAUGACAUGACUGGCAAUGGGCAGUUAACACUGUUGCCGAUGGUUCGUACUAUUGCAUUUUAUAAGCAGCUAUAUGAAAUUAACUAUAGAAAUAAAUAUGCUUUAGAAGUUUUUCACAGAGCAUCUAAUCUAAACUUGUACAAUGGGUGCCAGAUACUAAGGUCAAGUCGCCUAUUUGCGUCCAUACGAUAGACUGUAUUAAAACAGUGGAGAUAACCCUACCAACACACCAACAAAAGAAUUUAUGUAUUCCUGGAUGUAAGACAGGUGACACUAUAGUAUUUUUCACCUUUUUUAAGAAAUCAGUUGUUUGUUUGCAAAUAGGUAGGUGGACGUUAACAGGCGACAUUACCUUAACUUCUUUUUUUGUAAAUUUUAUCUUUGUAAUAUUACAACUGGUUGACCAAUCAGCAGCUAUCAAACUAAG